AAUCGGGAAAUCUUACCCCUGCUCUUGUUCCCUUUCAUCAUAUGAUUCCUUUAAUCUCCCUGAUCUUCCUAACUGGAUUGCGGAUACCUUAAUUCCCUCCAUGCCAGAGAGCCCAUCCCUCUCCCAACCCCACGUCAUGGGAAUCUGACAUUCGAACCCUUUUUAUUGUUUCAAAACCAACUGGAGAAUCCGGGAGUAUCGUUGGAUGUACCUUCAUCUUACCACCUACGGCUUAUUUACGGCUAACUUACGCCUUAUAUCCGACUCACCCCUUCUCCACCUGUUCCCUGUUCCCAGUUCACUGUGGACCAGUGACAACUACAACACAGAUUCCACAUCUACUUUACACAAUGGGUUCCUAUAAAUCAUGCCAAGAUCGCCCUGGUGGCGGCAGUUCCAGCUCAACGGAUAGCUCGACAUCCAGAAGUACCGCGGCAACAGCCCUGAGCGACCAUCCGAGCACAAAACAAAGAGACAGGCCAGUAGUAUACGAAGAACGGGAACCAAAACCCCGAGACUCUGUCUCAACAUACGCUUCAUCGACAGGUUCAGCCGCAGAUUUCCCGGCAGAGGAACCACGCUAUGAAGUACACGAGCGGGAAGAAUUCUUCCCACUUGACGCUAUCCCUUCUACCCCCUCCUCUUUCGCACCUUUGUUCCCUUCGUCGAGACGGCUACUUAUCCGCCAUGACGAUACCACCAUCGACGGCAACAUGAACUUGCGCGUCGACACUCCCGUCCACCUCCGGGAUGGCUCGCAGCGCGAUGUCAUCCUCUUCCAUCUCCGCAUGUAUGAUCUGUUCUCGCGGAAAUUCUCUUUUCGUCGCUACUGCCGUGAUUCGGGCAGGGAGGUAUGCCAUUCAGCAAGGAGGGAAGUCUCUUCUGGUCAUGAUAGACGUCCUGCUUUCCGUCGAUCGUGGAGUACCGUCUUUGCCAGUCUGCGGCCUAGUUCGAGUGGCAACGGUGCAACCUCCACAAGCGCAACAGCAGCGCAUGGUGAUCUUAAACGAAAAGGUUCUGGUUUUGAGCCUGGCCAUAUCCACAGCAAGAGUGCCAGACACGAAGCAGGUGCGAGUGAAGAUGUAGAAGGAGAAAAGGAACAAGGUACCGAAGCCGACAGGCCAACACUGGUGGAUACCAUCCUCCUUGAAUUCUCCAAUUAUGCACACGUCGAACUGAAGAGGAAAGGACCUGGCCUAAACAAGAAGUACGAGUAUGAGUAUUGGUCCACGAAGUAUCAGUGGCGACGCGAGUUCCGCAAGGAGGGCGAUCUGCACGAGGUGUCGUAUUUCCUGAUUGACACGCGCACUUCCAAGACCAUUGCCCAUCUUGUCCCGGAUACUCUGGCGCCGCUAGAUGCGGUCGAGGAGGAGAGCAAGGGGGGUUGGGUGCCGCCGUCAUCAUUGUGGAUCAGUGAUCCUUCGGUUUAUCAGCGGAUGCCUGACAUUGCCGAUGUGAUUGUGGCUACAGGUAUUGUGGCGCUAGUUGACGAUUGCAUUCGUCGUCGCUGGCAUCAGGAGCGCCAGCCUUCGUGGAUGCUCCCCGCUCAGCACUUGACGAAGAGCUUGGAGCGCAUGGGCCCUCGGCGCCUGAUCGGCCAAGUACUUCAGCGACGAGGAUCUGCUUAAGUGACAAGGGGCUUGAGGCCUAGGCGGCUCAUGAACCAUGGGUGAGAGGUGUGAGCCGAUUCUAUCCUGCAUUGACCGGGAUGUUUUGGGAGACUUGAUAGUCUCUUAACGACCUAAUGACUUUGACGAUUUGUGGUUCAUU